GUGUUGUCGUGGACGACACGGACUAGUGAGUUGCUACCUAGUUUCGUCGUCGUAAACGAAAAUAUCUUGUAAUGGUUGGCUAAGUGCAGCCUGGAAAGAGUCGGACCAAAAUUCAGGACAAAAAACCUAGAGAAGCCAUGGGAAGAGGAGAGGUGGAGGUGUUGUUUGUGGCCACGCCGGCGAUCGGGAACCUUGUCCCCGCAGUCGAAUUCGCCCGACGCCUGGCCGACCAUGACCCUCGGUUCCACUCCACCGUCCUCAUCGUCACCGAUCCCCACCGGCCCCUCAUUAGCUCCUAUGCCUGCUCACGAACCGCCGCCUCCUCUUCCGGUGCCGGCAACCUCCGCUUCGUCCACCUCCCUCAGGCAGACCCGCCUCAUCCAAGCGAGUACCAGUCCGCCUUCGCUUACGUCUCUCUGCACAUCGCGAACCACGCGCCUCUCGUCAAACAAGCCAUCGUCAACCUCAGGGCAACGGGGACCCAAGUCGCCGCUCUGUUCUUGGAUAUGUUCACCACGCCAAUGGCCGACGUGGCUCGUGAGCUGGGCAUCCCUCACUACCUCUUCUUUGCAUCCCCAGCGAGCUUUCUUGGGUUCACGCUCUAUCUGUUAGACCCUGAAGCCAGGAAGGCGAUCGAGUCUGAGGACAUGAGCACUGAGUUGCCCAUUCCGAGUUUCGUCAACACAGUGCCUAAGCGAGUCUUGCCCUCUUUAGUUCUCAAGUGGAAGGAUGCGUUAAGCUUGUUUGUAGCCCAUGCGGGGAGGUAUGGUGGGUUCAAGGGGAUUGCGAUAAAUACUUUCGACGAGCUUGAAGGGCAUGCGCUCCAGUCGCUGAGGGCGAGCGCAUUGCCGCCUGUUUAUUCGGUGGGACCGGUAAUAGACCUCGAUGGACCGGUCAAGUGGCACCCGCAAAGGGCCGAGCAAGAAGCCAUCCUGCAGUGGCUCGAUAAGCAGCCACCUUCAUCGGUGGUGUUCCUGUGCUUCGGGAGCAUGGGGUGCCUGUGCGCGCCUCAGGUGAGAGAGAUAGCGAUUGGGCUGGAGCGGUCCAGUUUCCGGUUCUUGUGGUCGUUACGCGAGCCACCGAGGGGUAAGUUGGACCUUCCAGGUGACUAUGAGAGUAUGGAUCAAGCAUUACCGGUAGGGUUCCUGGACCGGACGGCCGGGACCGGCUUGGUUUGCGGGUGGGUUCCGCAAGUAACCGUCCUGGCCCAUAUGGCUAUUGGUGGCUUCGUCUCGCACUGUGGGUGGAACUCCAUAUUAGAGAGCCUGUGGUCCGGCGUACCGACGGCCACGUGGCCCAUCUAUGCGGAGCAGCAGAUGAACGCGUUUCAGAUGGUGGCGGAGCUGGGAUUGGCGGUGGAGAUCAGGUUGGAUUACAGGGAGGGGAGCGCAUUGGUGUCGGCCAAGGAGUUGGAGAGAGGGCUGAGGUGUUUGAUGGAAGGUGGUGGCGAGGUGAGGAGCAAGGUGAAGGAGAUGAGGGAUAAGAGCCGGAUGGCCGUGACGGAACGUGGGUCAUCACAUGCUUCAAUGAGGCGUUUGGCGCAGCAACUGCUGGCUGGGUUGGAUUUGGAUGAUCAAGAAACGAAGUUACCACUUAUCAUAUGAACCUCUUGCCUGUUAGACAAUUCGACCCACACGUAUGAUUCUCAUUAUUUUCAUUUUCGCCGGUUCUCAGAACAUCACCAGCGUACUUAUGUUUCCAGAAGAGAUAUAACCAAUAAAACAACUAAGGAUAUGCAUUAUAUGUCUAUCAUACCUCCUGUUACAGAAACA